UCUCGGCUGCCCAGGCCGCCGACUGCCCAAAGCCCUCUCGGCUCUGCGUUCCACGGGGCUGAGCUGAACUGAGCUGAGCCGGGCCAGGCCAGGCCAGGCUGGCCGGGGAGAGAGGUGGCUCAGCAUCUGAGGACGCCUCUGUGAAGGAGUCCACUGGCCUUUCCCAGCUGGACGGUGAGGGCAUGACCAGCUGCCGCCAUCAGUCACCACACAGGGACAGGACCCCAGCCAGACAUGCGGCCUGCAGGACCCCGUAAGGGUCAUGAUGGUCAGCCAGAGGUCCACACCACCCUGCUUCCUGAGUCAAGCCCUGCUCUUCCCAGAACCAGCUGAGUCAAUGCUCUGAUUCAAGCCUGCCCUGGUGCCACUGGCCAAGUCCAGAGUGUGAGUCCUGUUCUUUGGCACGUGCGCCAUGAGUCACAGUGCCAGCUCUCGGCUGGCCGACUCUCCACGGCUCUCCAAGAGCAGCCUCUUGAACAUCUUGGGCAGCCCUUCGCCUGAGCGGAUGGGCCUAGCCGACUCUUUGCCACCUACCCCACAGAGCGGGACUCCAUCUCCCGGGCCCCCGCCGCUGCCCCUGUUGCCUGGUGGGUCCCCGGGGCUGGAUGGUGACUGGGAAAGCCGGGAAGAGCUGCGCCUUCGAGAACUGGAGGAGGCCCGGGCCCGGGCGGCCCAGAUGGAGAAGACCAUGCGCUGGUGGUCAGACUGCACGGCCAACUGGAGGGAGAAGUGGAGUAAGGUGAGAGCUGAACGCAACAAGGCACGGGAAGAGGUGCGCCAGCUUCGGCAGAAGCUGGAGGCAUUGACUAAAGAGCUGACGGGGGCCCGGCGGGAGCGGCAAGAAGCCCUGAACCAGAGCGAACAGCUGGGCAAAGAGGUGGCUCGACUUAAGGGGGCCCGGCUGCAGGAGGAGGAAGAGGAGGAAAACCACCAGGAGGGGGAGGAGGCUCGUGAAGAGGAGAAAGGCAGGGGCGAGGAGAAGGAGCUGGACAACAGGAUGGCCUCAGAGAAGGAGAGCCAGGGGGGUGGCCUCGAGCAGGAGCCUGUGCGGGAUGUGGGCUUUGAAAAGCCAGCCAAAAAUAAGGAGCUGGAACUGAUGGAGAACCUUCUGAAAAGUAAGCAAGAUGGGCCUGAGAACUGGGAGGCACGAAGCAUGGGGAGUGCCCGUGCUACCUUCAGCCGGCAGGAGCGAAGCCGACUGCUAUGGGAGGAGGUGUCCACCAUCGAGGAGGAUGUCACCAAGGUGACUGCUCUGAAGCUUCGGCUGGAUGAAUCCCAGAAGGUGCUGCUCAAGGAACGAGAGGAUAAGCUGUCACUGAGCAAGAACAUUGAAAAACUGGAAGGGGAGCUCAGCCAGUGGAAGAUCAAGUAUGAGGAACUAAGCAAAAACAAGCAGGAAGUGAUGAAGCAGCUCAACAUCCUUAAAGAAAUGCACCAGGAUGAACUGGGCCGCAUGUCAGAGGACCUGGAAGAUGAGCUUGGGGCUCGGACCAGCAUGGACAAAAAGAUAGCAGAACUUCGGAGUGAGAUGGAGCGUCUGCAGGCAGAGAAUGCUGCCGAGUGGGGCCGCCGAGAGCGGCUCGAGACAGAAAAGCUCAAUCUUGAGAGGGAGAACAAGAAGCUUCGGGCCCAGAUUGAGGACCUAGAGGAGGUGUUAGCCCGAAAGCGGCGCCAGACGGCCAGCGCCCUGGACUCGGACCUCAAGGCCAUCCAGGCCGAGCUUUUUGAGAAGAACAAGGAACUGGCAGACCUCAAGCAUGUGCACACCAAGCUGAAGAAGCAGUACCAGGAGAAGAUGGCGGAACUGGCCCAUGCGAACCGGCGGGUGGAGCAACACGAGGGUGAGGUCAAGAAGCUGAGGCUGCGGGUGGAGGAGCUGAAGAAGGAGCUGGCCCAAGCAGAAGAUGAGCUGGACGAAGCCCAUAAUCAGGCUCGGAAGCUGCAGAGGUCCCUAGAUGAGCAGAUAGAGCACAGUGAGAAUCUGCAAGUACAGCUGGAGCAUCUGCAAUCCAGGCUCCGCCGGCAGCAGAACACCCCACUCUUUGGAAAGAUCCGGAGCUCUCGGUUUGGGACUGAAGAACCUGGGGAUGGUACGAGUGACCUGGAUGAGGAUGAGGACCUACAGAUCCAAGUCCCUUAGUGCAAGGGAAGGACGAGGGAAGGGCCAGCUUGCAUCAGGGAAUGUUACUUGGGCAAACUCUCUGGGAACUGCAACUGGUACUUUUUAGUGUCGACAGCCCUGGGCCUGGGCUGUGAGUGCCGGGACACAGCAGGAAGCUGCUUGGAACUUGGCCCUUACCAGGCUGAGGGUAGGGUGCACACUACUCAGGACAGGCAAAGGUGGUCCAGUAGACCCACAUGGCCGGGUUUCAUCCCCCUUGUCUCCCAGUCGAUUCCUCCUGCUCCCCUUCCUGUCUGUCCUUUCUCCCCUAGCCUCCACCAUACCCCCAACCUUCUACAAAUUCACAAGAACAUAGUAAUCAUAAGAUAAUGACUUUAUUGGGCCAUUAUGGGAGCUGAGAUCGGCCAGGGUCCUGCCCAUCUAAUUCCCUAAAAAGGUGGGAGAUGUGUUCUAUUAUACAUAUAUAUUUUAUGUAUAUAUAUAUAUAUAUAUAUGCAUUCAUACAUGCAUAUAUGCGUGUGUGUACUUGUACCUGUUUUAUUUUUAUAAACAUAUGAACUAAAGGAGAGGCUGGCUGCUGUUAAAAGGAUUUGGGGAUUUUACUCAGACUCCCUCUCCCCAGUUUGGGGUACCCUUUUGGACUUUUGCAUUAAAAGAAGAAAGCCAGAAAGACCACCCCAGCCCAGUUCCAGGGACCUGAUGGGAUGGAGGAGUGGGUCAGCUAGCACAUUUUUACAAAUCCAAACGUUUUUUAAUAAACUGAGUUAAGAUCA